AUGCUGUCUAAUAGGAAUAUAAAGGAAAGCAUUUUUAAAUUCUUCAAGACCAACAAAGCCAGACCCUUUACAUCAUUAACCCUGGUAGAUUUCUGGAGAAUGGUUUGGCAAGAAAAUUGUACAAGAAUCGUGAUGCUGACAAAUUUAUUUGAAGGAGACAAGAUGAAAUGUCUUAAGUAUUGGCCAGAUGAUGUGGUAGAGAUCUGUAACUUCAGAAUACAGCUGGAAUCAGAGGAUAUCAAUGAAAUGUAUAUAAUAAGAUACUUCAUUGUGCAACAGAAAGACGAAAGGAGGAAAGUGAUCCAGUUUCACUUCACUGGUUGGCCUGAUUGUGAAGUCCCGUCAAAUGUAAAUGCUCUUCUCUGUUUUCGAAACCUUGUGAAAAAAGGCAGACCUAACUCUGAUGGUCCAAUCAUAGUCCACUGCAGCGCGGGUAUAGGGAGAACGGGGACCUUUAUUGCUCUGGAUUAUUUGUUGGAGGAAGGAUCUACAAUGGAGAGUGUGGAUAUCAUCAACUGUGUCUCCAAACUCAGACAGCAAAGGGCACAUUCUGUACAAACUAAGGAGCAGUAUAUCUUUCUCUAUGACGCUCUUGCACAGGGAUUGAGCAAUAUAAGAAGAAGAAUGUCAUUGUGUCAACUUGCUGAUGAAAUCUGA